CAAUCCUCUUCAGAUCGCCCAUCAUGGCCAAGCGCAAGCAGGUCAAGAAGUUCGCGACAGUCAAGCGCAUGCUCAAUCCCAAUGACCAGCGACUCAAAGAGAAUCAAGUCAAAGCCGAUGCGAAGAAGAAGGCUGCCGAGGAGCAAAAGGUCCGUCAUGUAGAGACGGCAGCCUCUUCACUCUUCUUCCAGCACAAUACAGCCUUAGGGCCGCCGUACCGCGUGCUGGUGGAUACCAACUUCAUCAACUUCAGCCUUCAGAACAAGAUUGAGCUCGUUCAGGGGAUGAUGGACUGCUUAUAUGCGAAGAGCAUCCCUUGCAUCACGGACUGUGUCCUGGCCGAGCUGGAAAAGCUGGGUCCCAAGUACCGCAUUGCGCUACGAGUGGCUCGCGAUCCACGCUUCGAGCGACUUCCGUGCAGUCACAAGGGAACUUAUGCAGACGACUGCAUUGUUGACAGGGUGUCGACGCACAAGUGCUACAUGGUUGCGACCUGCGACAAGGAGUUGAGGAGGAGGGUGAGGAAGGUGCCGGGCAUCCCAUUGAUGUACAUCUCCAAGCAUCGGUACGCUGUGGAGAGGCUUCCGGACCAAGGCAUGCCGUCGUAGUCCUCUUAUCUCGUUCGUCCGGAGAGGGACGUCACACCAUACCACCGCCCUCACCUUCAGCAUCACUGGGCCGCUUUUCUCUUACACCUGUACAAUACACUCACCCUCGCAACGCUGCUGUCACGACGUCUUCACAGUUGCUCGCCUCUUUCAUGACGUCGAGCGAGCAUCUACGCAAUCAGGUACGCCGACUCGAGCGACAAAGCGAUCCGCCGCAGUGCGCCCUUGUCUCAGCCACUUGGGCGCCGUUGCCAACCCACGAUCUACGGUCAUGAAUGCCUUCCUAACUUCCUCAUUCUCGCAGCUGACCCAUCAUCGAGCAGCCUGACCCGUCCAGCUCUCACCCCUGUUUCCCUGCGCUCUGAAAGCUUUCCUUGCCAUGGCAGACGAUAAGAAAGAUGACAGGAAGGAGGACGGAAAGAAAGACGAAGGCAAGAAGGAAGAUGGGAAGAAAGGUGGCGAUGCU